AUGAAAUAAAUAUUUCCAAGGCUAUUAUUAUCUUCUUACUUUUUACUUCAAUUAGUAAAAUCAUGUGAUGAAAUAAUCUAAUGUGAGCAUACUGAUCCUGAAUGCUUGGUUUAAUUGAGGCUAUUUCAAACUUGUGUCUCCUCAAGAUGCGACUCGUAAAAUAUUGAAUCUUAAAAUAUCGAGGAAUUAAGUAAAUGCUAUUCUGAAACUUGCAUUUCAAAAUAUGAACCAAUCAAUCUAUCAAUUUAAAAAUAUACUAAUUGCAUGGUUAAAAGAAUUAAAAAAAAUAGUCUACAUUUUAAUUUACCAACCCUUUAAACCAUUUUUGAUCCAAUUAUAUAUUCUAAAUGUAAAAGAGGACUUGCUGAUUCUUGUAUUUUUUUAUCUUCUGAAUGUGCUUGGUAAUUAUCUGAGUAAUUUGAAUGUGAAAAGAGAUGUUUACCUUUUGAACACUAUAAAAUGGUUGAAUUUUGUCUUUCUAGUAUUUGUAAACCAGAUUUACUUGGUUUAUAAGCUUUGAAUAAAUAGUACGUUGAAUGUCUUUCAUAAGAAACUCAAGUUUAAACUAGCUCUUCGCCAAGUUAACCAAUUGCGAAAAGUGACAGUGAAAUACUUAUUUUAUCAUUAAUAUUUUUAAUAUUAUUAACUAUUACGUAUUGA